AAAUUUCACUUCAAAACAAACAACGACGCCGCUAAAAAGUUAUUAUCACGUGUGUAAUAUAGAAUUAUUUUGAUGUUAUCAUUGUAAAUGAGUUAAAUUAAUGUUAUUAUUUGGCAAAUUUCAAUGAAUAUUUUUUUUUAAAUAUAAAAAUUUACUGCUGCAUAAUUGUUUAUGAGUGUAAUUCGAACGACAUGGAUUCCCCAUCUACUCAAGUAUUAGACGAUAACGAUAGUUCUUCUUCAAGAUCAUCAGAAUCAUUGCAAAAAACACCAAAAAGAGUAUAUCAGGUUGCGACUCUAACAGUGGGAAACAAAAAAUAUCCGAUCUUUGAAGGAAUCAACAAAGUGGGAAGACAUUUAGAUAAUGAUAUUUGCAUUAAUGAUCAUAAUGUUUCAAUGUAUCAUGCAGAAAUUGAAGCUGAUGCAAAACAUGCCUUCAUUUGUGACUUACGAUCAACUAAUAAAACACGAAUGAACGAUGAGAAGUUAAAACCUGAUCGUUUUUACCAAUUAUUAGAUGGUACCAAAUUAACAUUUGGUAUUUUAAAUGGUACAUACUUACGUUUACGAGAUGAUGAAUCAAUUAUUAUUCCUUCAACACCUGAACCUGGAUUAAAACUACGAAGAGAGUCAAAUAAAAAUUCAUCAAGACCUAAUACUUCAUCCACCGGUGAUAGUGAUGAUUCUGUAGUUUUGGGGACACAAGAGACUCCAGAAGCUGUUUUUGUUAAGCCUUUAGUACCUAAUCGAACUAUAAAUUCAAAAGAUACUAGCAAUAAUGACAAAAUAAACAUUAAUGAAUCAGAUAAAUCUAUAUAUGAUGAAGAAACUCAACGUACUAAUAAAUCUAUUGAAAGUCAGAGUUUUAUCCAUGAAUGUGCUACUCAAAAAUAUGAUUCCAAACAAUCUGGUAGAAAAAAUAUAACUACGGAUAAUAGACAAAAGGCAAAAAAAAACAUCAUAUCAGUAAAAUCCGAAAUUUUUGAUAAAGAAACACAAAAAUAUCGUGAUAAAAAUAACGAUACAGAUGAAAGCCAAAUUUCAACGCAAAAAUUAGCAAGUGAACAAAAUGAUCAAGUUUAUGAUGCUGAAACCCAAAAAAUUUCUGUAAACCAACAAGAUAAUGAUUUGGAAAAUGCGAUGACACAAAAAUUCAAUAAUAAAAAAAUUUAUGACAUCGAAACACAAAAACGAAAUGAAUUUGAAAAUCAAGAUAAUAAUAACGUGUACAAUAUGGCAACACAAAGAUUCCAACCUUUGAAUAUUAGGAAAGAAAAAACAGAAAUUUAUGAUGCCGAGACUCAACAGUCGAAAGAGAAAUCAAGUAAGUUUAAAAAUCAGAAUGUAACAACACAAGUAUUAAACGCACCGUUUCAAAAAGUUGAAAUGGUUGCAGAAAGUGAUGAGGAACAUGAACAAGAUAAAGUACCUGUCACUGAUAUGGUCUUAAGAAGUAAUAAAAAUGAAGAGAUUAUGACCACCAAUAAAAAGGUUUGUAUUAAUAAUAUUUCUAGUAAUAAUAAGUCUAAUAAUGCAUCUCAAAACCAAUCAAGUCCGAUAAUAAACGAAAUAGCAGUUGAAAACAUUCAAAAUUCAUCAACUUUAAUACCUGAUCAAUCGUGCUUAAUUGUAGCAGAAACAGAUGAUGAGUCUGAAACUGAUGAUGAAGGCGUUUUUUCUAAUUUUUUGCAAAAAGAACAUUCUAAUGGAAAUCGUAAUAUAAAUAUUACUACUAAUAGUGAAGUUAUAACUGAUAUGAAUUUAAAUAAUGAAAAUAUAAACAAUGACGUUCAUUUAUUUAAUAGAAAUUUUGGAAGUCCAGUUCUUGUAGAUUUAGAUGAAAUUUCAGAAUCACUCGGUGCUAAAAAUGAAGAUAACAUUGUAGAUGAUAGUGAUAAUGAAAUGUAUAUGACACCAAAUCAGAUUAUGUCACCAACAACAUCGAAUCUUCAUUCUAACAUUCAAGUAAAUUCUUAUAAUAAUGAAGCUGCUACUCAACGAAUUGUAUCUCCUACACUGAUACAAAUGAGUAAAAAAAAUUUUUUAGCGGCUACUCAAUCUAUAAUUGCAACUCAAGUCUUAAUAGAAACCCAAAAAGUUAAUUUAAUUGAACGUAAAACUUAUUCAUUAGAAACUCAAAUUAUAGAUACACAGGUACGAGAAAUAAAUGAUUUUGAAUCUCCUGAAAGAAAACAAGUGUUGAAACUUACAACUCAAUCAGCUGAUACACAAAUUUUAGAAACACAAAAAGCUGAUGAGUUUUCUGAAAAUAAUGAUGAAGAAAAUAAUAAAGGUUUGAGUAAUAAUUAUGAUAAUGAAUCAACACAGUUGAUAGAAUUCGAAAAUGAUACUAUGACAGAAAAUAUGCUAGAAGAACAAGAAAUUCAAAUUGAAAAUGAGAUUAACAAUGACUGUGAUAUUAAUGAGAAACCAUUAAAAACUUUGAGAUUGAAAAAAAAUAAAAUUUCAAAAAAUUGUGCAGAGUGGCGAAUAAGUUCAUCAUGUAAAAUUGGUUGUAAUGAUGAUCGUUUUCAACAAGAAUCUCAGGAAAUAUCAAAAAUUGAGAAUAAUGAUGAAAGUAAUGAAAAUGAUGAGGAAAUCAAUCAUAUAAAGGAUGAAAAUGGAUAUUUAUCACAAAAAAAAAUUGAUAAUAAAGAUCAAAAGUAUACUUUAACAACUCCUAUCUCAAUGAACAAAAUAAAUUUAUCAUUAAAUCAAAGUACAAAAAAUAGAUUUAAAAAUAAAAAAGAUAAGAAUCAAGAAAUUCACACUUCUAAUUACGAGGAUAACGAUGUAGUAUUAAAACAUUUGGACAGUAUGUUUGGUGAAGUAGCUUAUGACGAUAUGGUUGAACCAACUCAGCUUCUAACUCAGCAACUUGUAGAUAUUUUAAAAACUCCCGAAAAAUCCGAUAAUGUAGAUACAGUAGUAGAUAAUAUUGCUUUUCAGAAAUUUGGUGGUCAAAAGAAUGGAAAAAAUACGAAGAAAAAGGAGAAAGAGACAUUGGGUAAUUAUUCUCGUGUUGAUGGAGAAUCUCAAGAACUUUAUUUUGCUCAUUUGAACUUCAAAAGGAAGCGAAAAGCAGUUUUUGACAGUCAAGAUAGUUCUGAUUCAGAACGCAGUAACAAAUAUCAGAAAAAUUCUUCCGGUUUAAAGAACGAUGAGCCUUGUCUAUCUGGAUUUGUUGAUGGGAUAGCUAUAGUUUGUGAGAGACUCGAUUGUCAAGGACUUGAUGAAACUAUAAAUCAUAAGGAAACAAACGAUGUGAAUGAUGAUAUUUUAACAGGAUUACCAGAAGUUAAUUUAAACGGCGCUGGCUUUUCUCCACGUAGUCAUGCUUCUCUAAAUUCAUCAGAUGAAGAUAUUCCAAACAAUGAAAAAAAAGUAUUAGAACAACCAAAAAUGAUCUCAAAAAGUAGCGGUACCAAAAAAUUGGUUUUGUCUAUACAAUGUGAUAAUAAAAUAAAUGAUAAUGAUGAGGUCAAUAGAAAAAAAACCAAAAUUGCGACUGUUAAGCUCUCACAAUAUGAUAAGAAAGAAAAAUCAUCAGAAAAUAGUGGAAAAUUAUCAAAGUCAGAUGAACAAAUUGAAUUAGAUCAAAAGAGAAUAAAAAAGACACCAGAACGAAAAGGGCAAAUGAAUCAAAGUCAAGUUUCAAAACCAGAACUAAAUUCUGAAGUAAUUACCUCUGGUUAUAAUUCUAGUUCUGAAUCUAAAGAAGUAAAAAUUCAUGAAAAACGUAAGGCUAUUUGUGAUGUAUCACAGUCUUUAAUUGAUUCUAAGAAGAAAAAACCAGUUGUAAGACUAGACAAUAGUCUGAAUAUUUCUUUGCGCCAAGAAUCUAAACGUAAGAGUUUCCAAGUUCAUAAGUAUUGUGUUAUUUUUACUGGAAUAAAUCCUGAAGAUUAUAUUGAAUCAAUAAAGAGUCUAGGUGGAACAGUAACAGAUGAACCUUCAAAAGCAACUGUUUUGGUUACCGACAAAGUUAGAAGAACAUAUAAAUUUAUUUGCGCAAUUUCUAGAAGUAUUCCAAUUGUUUCUAUAAAAUGGAUUGAUGAAUGUAUUGAAAAAGAUGAAUUUUUGGAUACGGAUAAAUAUAUCUUGAAGGAUGAUAUAUCAGAAAUUAAAUUUGAUUUUAAAUUGAGUGAAAGUUUAAAAAAAUCGAGUGAAGGUUUAUUAUUACUGGGAUAUACAUUCAUCAUUACUCCUAAAAUUGUUAAUCCUAGCAUUAAGGACCUUAAAGAUAUGAUACAAGUAGCAGGUGGAAAAUCAUUAAUAAGAAUGCCAAGACUUUGGAUUCCAAAUACAGUGAUUGUUGGUUGUGAUAUUGAUAUCCCGAAAAUUAAAGAAAUGGUAAAAAAAAUUCCAAAAAAUAUUGAAGUGCCAGUUGUUACUACAGAAUUUAUUCUUUCUGGAAUACUGAAACAAAAAUUGGAACCAGAAGUCCAUAAGCUUUACUAAUGAAUUUUCAAUCACAAAUUCUGUAUUCUUAUAGGUUUUAAAUUUUGUAAGAAUUAAUGAACAGUAAGAAUCAAUGCUAAAAAAAAGUUUUAGAGUAUUAUUAACUACAGUACUCGAGUUCAAAAAUAUUUUUCUAAAUUAAACUACAAAUGUUAUU